GGGCGGCGCGCGCCGGGCACGCGCGCCGGGGACCGUGGCGUUCGCCGGGCUGGAGCUGGAACAUUAACCCCGGGAGGCGCGGCGGCGGCGAGGGAGCGAGCCGCGAGCGGGCGGGCCCUGCCUGAGGGAAGGGAGGAAGGGGCGGGGAGAGCGCCGGAGGGAGGCCGGUCGGCCGCGGGCGGGCGGGCAGGCAGCGCAGCGCCGAGCGGCCCGCGGGCCCAUGAGGAGGCCCGGGGACCAUGGGCUCCAGGAUCAAGCAAAACCCAGAGACCACAUUUGAAGUGUAUGUUGAAGUGGCCUAUCCUAGGUCAGGUGGCACUCUUUCAGAGAGAGUGGAAGGGAGGUGGGAAGACAGAGAAAGAGAACCAUCAAUGUGAAAUAGACACAUUGAUUGGUUGCCUCCUGCAGCCGCUCCUACUGGGGCCAAGGAUCGAGCCUACAACUGAGAUCCUGAGGUGCAGAGGCAAUUCCCAGAGGACUACAGUGACCAGCCUCACAGUUAGCCAAGUUGGCCAGAACUUCACGUUUGUGCUCACUGACAUUGACAGCAAACAGAGAUUCGGGUUCUGCCGCUUAUCUUCAGGAGCUAAGAGCUGCUUCUGUAUCUUAAGCUAUCUUCCAUGGUUCGAAGUAUUUUAUAAACUACUUAACAUCUUGGCAGAUUACACGACAAAAGGACAGGAGAGUCAGUGGCAUGAGCUUCUGGAAACUCUGCACAAACUUCCCAUCCCUGACCCUGGAGUGUCUGUUCAUCUCAGCGUGCAUUCUUAUUUUACUGUGCCUGAUACCAGAGAACUUCCCAGCAUACCUGAGAAUAGAAAUCUGACAGAAUACUUUGUGGCUGUGGAUGUAAACAACAUGUUACAUCUGUACGCCAGUAUGCUCUACGAACGCCGGAUACUCAUCAUUUGCAGCAAACUCAGCACUUUGACAGCCUGCAUCCACGGGUCUGCCGCCAUGCUCUACCCCAUGUUCUGGCAGCACGUGUACAUCCCCGUCCUGCCACCACACCUGCUGGACUACUGCUGUGCUCCCAUGCCCUACCUCAUAGGAAUCCAUUUAAGUUUAAUGGAGAAAGUUCGAAACAUGGCCCUGGAUGAUGUCGUGAUCUUAAACGUGGACACCAACACUCUGGAAACCCCCUUCGAUGACCUGCAGAGCCUCCCGAAUGAUGUGAUCUCUUCACUGAAGAGCCGGCUAAAGAAGGUCUCCACCACCACUGGCGAUGGUGUGGCCAGAGCUUUCCUCAAGGCCCAGGCCGCUUUCUUCGGCAGCUACCGGAACGCUCUGAAAAUUGAGCCCGGGGAGCCAAUCACCUUCUGUGAGGAGGCCUUCGUGUCCCACUAUCGCUCUGGAGCCAUGAGGCAGUUCCUGCAGAAUGCCACCCAGCUGCAGCUCUUCAAGCAGUUUAUUGAUGGUAGACUAGACCUUCUGAAUUCCGGUGAAGGUUUCAGUGAUGUUUUUGAAGAGGAGAUCAACAUGGGCGAGUAUGCUGGCAGCGACAGACUGUACCACCAGUGGCUCUUCACAGUCAGGAAAGGAAGUGGAGCAAUUCUGAAUACUGUGAAAACGAAAGCAAACCCAGCCAUGAAGACUGUCUAUAAGUUUGCAAAAGAUCAUGCAAAAAUGGGAAUAAAAGAGGUGAAAAACCGCUUGAAGCAAAAGGACAUCACCGAGAAUGGCUGUGCCCCCACUUUGGAAGAGCAGCUACCAAAGACUGUGCCGUCCCCACUGGUGGAGGCCAAGGACCCCAAGCUCCGAGAAGACCGAAGGCCAAUCACAGUCCACUUCGGACAGCCUCAAAGACUCCUCCGUCCCACUCGCCCGCCGCCUCCCAAGAUACAGCGCUGGAGGCCCGUGCGCCCUCCCCGUCCACAUGUCGUCAGGAGACCGAAGAGCAACAUCGCAGUGGAAGGCCGGAGGCCGUCCGUCCCGAGCCAGGAGCAAUCCACGAGAGGAAAGAGGCAGGAUGGCGAAGUGGUUCAGAGCCAGGGAAAUGCAGAGUCCCGGGCCCUCCUUCAGCUGCUGUGUGACUCUGGGCAGGCAGCUCCCUCUCUCUGAGCCUUGGCUUCUUUAUCUGCGAGAUGAGGGCGCGAUAGGAGUUCCUGAGCAGCUUCGCUCGACGCCAUAAGCACUGCUGGUGUCCUCAUCGCCCGCCCUGCGCCUGGACCUGGAAAGCUCUGCUUGGACCAGACCACAUGUCGAAUUCUCAUCUGAGAGCUCAGCAGUGAUCAGGAGACAGGGCCUCUUGUCGCAGCCACUGCCUAGCCAGCCUGGAUGGCAGGAGAGCCGCUGGAGAGUGAGCUGGACAUCGGGGCUCCCUCUCCCCCCUCACCCCAGCCCCGCUCCUGGACACACCAGUGUGGGCAGGCACAGGAUUUUAUCGGUGAUGGACGAAGCCAAGGGCCCUUUGCUCUCACACGAUUCCCAGCACUCCUGGCAGGUUUAGUGGCAUUUGGUUCGUGUGCCAAGCUGUGGCCUCUGCUUUCUUGUCACUGCCGGGGAAGGGUGUGCGUGGAUGGCUGUUGGAACGGCAUUCAAGGUGGAUUUGAGGGCCUCCCAGAAGCCUCGAGGUGCAUCCCCUCCUACACCUACUGCCAGCCCGGCUGACAGAAAGGCGAGGGGCUGGGCUGUAAUCCCUGCUCGUCACUUCCUGGCUGGGUCACUUGGCCACAUCCCUCUCCUUUGCCAGUGACUCCAGUGCUCAGCUAGCACUGGGCCUGCUCACAGCCGGCACCCAGGCAGGGCCUCUUGGUUGGGCACAUGGUUGGACAGAUGGACAGAUGGACUAUGGCAGUCGCACUCUGUAAAGUCAGUGUAUGGAGACCUUCCUGCGCGGAGUUGGGAGGGGAAGAAAUGGCCUCUGUAAGCCCCUGGCACUGUGCCUACGUGUGGAUAUUAUGUGAAACCUUUUUCUGAGACUCCCACCUGCCCCACACCCCAAAUGUGGUCCCAAUCUAUGGGUCUCAGCGUCUCAGAGAACGGAUGGGAUGCUCAUAGCGGGGACCCUUUUAUUCAGCCACAGGUGGUGAAAGGGACCAUGCUGUGUUGGGGCUCCAGGGAAAUGAGUGAAAUGGGGGGGCACCUUGUCUCCCUUGCACACUGGCUUCCAUUCAUUCAGUCCUAAACUCUGAUGGUGCUCAUGCUGUGCCCCAGGUGGGGAUAGAGAAUGAGCCAGGCCCUGCUCUUGAGCCAGAAAUAGAAUUGCAAGAGGUUCAGUGGCCUCCAUGAAGCAGUGACACACGCAGCCCACGGAGACGCUGACCAUCGAGGGAGAAGACCGCAGCGGGAGCUCCAGGAGGGCUGAGCGUGCCAUUGGGCUGAGUCUCCAGGAGCAGGCCCGCCCAGCAGACCAGGCAGGUGGCGUAGGGGAGGGCAGGAGGCCGCACAGGUGGGCAGGGCCAGCUCCGUGUCUGCCCUGCGGGGAGCUCGCCUUGGCACUGCCACUCUGCAGCCCUCACUCCGCCCAGCUAUACAUCAUCCACGAAGGCCUGGACGCUUUAUCCCCAAUGCUUUACUCAGUGGGUUUACUCACCAAUCAACCCGUCGCCAAGAAAUUGCGGUUCAGAGCAGCAGCUUCGCAGGCGUUAAGCAGGCGAGUGACAGGGCCGGGUUUGUGACCCAGAACAGGAUUCCGGGGGCUGUGGAGAGUGGCCCUUCUCCGCGCCUUGUAUGUCCCGGAGGACAUGGAGGAGCAGCAGCCUUGUCCUGCAGUGAAACCUGCCUGCCCUCCUGAAUCCGGGAAAGUGCCCGCCUGAGCCGACGCUCUCCCGUCCAGGCAGGGCCAAGGUGUGUCCCUACCCCCUGGAGGCGACCUGGGGAGGAGAGGAGAGGGGCGCUGUGGCUCACCCCCUCCCAGUGUGCACCCCGGCAAGUGGCUUCCCCUCUCUGCGCCUCGAUCCGCACUUCAGUAGGAGGGACCGCUCUGCCUAGCUGACUUCCAGGGAGGAGCAGAGGACGCAGGGGCCAGGUGUGACAGCUGGGGGCAGCUCCCUGCUCCUUCUGAAAGAACCAGCAUGUUCCAGGUAACAGCUGGCUGGCAGACCAUAGCUGAGACGGCCGCAAUCCACUCUCACAGCUGCUGCCCCGCACUCACCCUCCAGUGAGGUUCCCAUGCACUUUUCUUAGACGUCACGUUCUCCUGAGAUAAAACCUGAACGGAAUUGCAUCACAUAAAGCAAAAGAAAGGAGACUGCAGUGGUUGGGGUCGGGGGAGAGGAGAUAGCCCCCCUCAGGCACCCCAGUGCCCACCCACUCCCCAAACUUCACCAUUGCCCCUAGGGAUCCUCCGCAUGUGCUGUACAGGACAGGGACAUGGACCACCCGCUCCCAGCCGGGUGCCCAAGCAUCGGCUGCAGGGCUGGAUUCUAACCGAGGUCUGACCGGUCCAGCUCCCUCUCUCUAAGCAAGGCUCUCGUAGGCCCUGGCCCAUGUGUAACUCACAGGAGCCAGCGUGGAGUUUCUCUGGGCUGUGUGUGUGUGUGUGUUGAUAGAGGCAGAGCUCACAGGUGGUGACAGGAGAGAUGUAUUUUUUAUAACAGUGAAUAUUUAAUUUACACAUCACAGAUGACAAAGACUCUCUGAAGAGCCAUCUGAGGGGGAUGCGGGAGCGGCUGCUCACCCGAAAGGGCACUCGAGCCCACUUCCAUGUGGCUCACUGCCUGCCUCAACUUUUUUUUCCUGAUUAUUGAAAUAGAUAUGCACGUUGUAGAAAACUUAGAUGACACAGAAAAAUAAAAGGACUGCUCCAGUCGCUAGUAUAGACGUUCAGACACACCUUUCCAGCCUUUUUUCUGUGCAUUUCCCAUCGGCAGAUGAGGGAGAGUGCAAUAUAAUUGCCAUUCUGCACUCUGGUUUUUAGGUUUUCCUUUAUAAACAUUACUAGUGACCUGGUGCAUGGAUUCGUGCACAUUGAAAGGAAAUUAAUUGGAAGGUGGCCGGUGGGGUGGGACUGGGCAUGAUGGGCCAGACACACCCUGGAGCCAACCUCCUGCGGUCCCUCCCCGGCCGGUGCACCUGGGGCAGUGUCUGCAGAGUGAGCGGAGUCCCUCCAGCAGGUCGGGUCCCUUGGCCAGGCCUGUGGGGGAUGGGGCCGAAACUGGCAGUCUGACAUCCCCCAGGGGGUCCCGGAGUGCGAGAGGGCACUCUGCAAAGUUGCUGUCACUCCGCAGCUCCUGCGUUGAGCGUCUGGCCCCUGGUGGUCAGUGCCUGUCAUAGCUACCGGCCGGUUGGCCAGUUGCUCAGGCUUUUAUAUAUAUAGAUAGUUACUGGGAGGUUAGCAUUCAGCCAACGGGGCCAUCAUUCACUUCACCAGCUUCCUGUUGCUGUAAGUCUAGGUUGUUUCAUGUUUUAACAUCACAAACGUGGCAGUGAUGGGCACUGUGGGCAAUCUUGGCCAUGUUUAGGGUUAUCUAGAUGGCAGUGGGAUUGUCAGGUCAGAGGUGACUGGAUCGUGUGUUUAAGGCUCUUGACACGUGUGGCAAACCCACAGUUUCUUUUCUGUUUGGGACCAGCUCCCUUGCCUCGGGGGCCCGCCUGCUCCCCUGCCACCAGCUUCACUGGCCCGUGGGGGCUGCUGACUGGGUCACAUGGUGGAACUCACUGAGCUCCUGGAAGCCUCCACCCAAGGCUGCAGCGAAGGCCAGGCCAGGCCCGCCCCACCCUGUGGAGUCCUGGGGGUGCCUC